UUCCUAGCGACGCCUGCAUGGUUACGAGCGGCAGGAAGCGCGCUCACAGUGGCGGACUGGGAACAACAACAACAACAACAUGAACGCGGAGCCUCCGGAGAGAGAGGAGGCAUCUCUUCAGCUGCCAGCGGAUAACGAUGGGAGUCGGUCUGUUGGAGAAUCCUCCAUGAAUCAGCUGGGACCUCGAAGUCUACCUGCAGCCGGAGAGGACUGGAAGCAGCCCACACUGGAGACAGAUGAUUGGGAGCCUCUACAGCCCAGUGGACGCUCUUUGCAGCUGGAAUUUCAGGACAGUAACUUGUCUCCAGCUCUUUUCCUCUUGCCUGUAAACUCUCGAGUGGAACGCAACUUUGCUGAAUAUUCUUUAUUCCAACAAAGUGACCAUGAAUUUGCUCCUUUGAGGGCGUACCCGGACAUGUCCAUGGCGUCGGAGAGAUUCCCCUUUCAGCCCCAGGAUCGCACCACUCAGGCGUCUGAGCGCGGCUCACUGUCCCAGCAUCCUUUGGCCCAGGCAACCGUCCUUUCUGAAGAAGGAACGAGCAGCUGCUGCUCUCUGUCCCAGCACAGUAUGCCACCAGGGGACGAAAGCAGACAAGAGGAAAUUAUUCCCUCCCGACUGUCGGACCUGCAGGCAUCUAGAGAAGAUGGUGGUGGCACAGAGAAGGACUCUGAGACACUAACUGACCUUAAAAACCAGCUCGCAGCUGCAGACGAUGACACUUUCUUUCUGAGUAAAGACAUCCCUGCCCAGCGUCUUCUGGACAUCCUUCAGAAAGAGGUUGGCAUGCCGAGCAGCAGUAGUAGUGCGGUGUCCUCUGCCUCUGAGAUGUCUGUGAAGAGCAUUACAUCUUUUGUCCAAGAGUCUAAAAGCUCGAAAAUUCCCAAACCCGGAUUUCACCAAAGCUCGGCUAGAAGAGAAGGUCCACCUGGUGAAGCUUCUCUGCCCCAGCAGCAGACGCAGAAACCUGACCCGUCACAAACGCUGUCAUCUGAGGUCUGUAACAUCACCGUGGGCUCCCGCAGCACGCAGCCUGACGACAGCAGUGAAGCGUUGUACAGGGAGCUGCUGUCUGAGGCUGAGGGGCACUGCAGCAGAGAAGCUGGAGCUAAAAACCAACAGCAGAAAAGUGCUUCACCACCUGCUCAGAUUCUUACAGAGACAUCCACUGGCAAGCCGAGUGUGACCCGAAAAAAUCUGAGUGACCUGCCAUGGACCGGGCCGUUUUCAUCCGGUGUGGAAAGGCUGCACAGAGAGCAAGACCUCUGGUCCUCAGGGAACCAAACAGGGGUCGACGGGUCCUACCUGGGUUUCCUUCCACAGUCUCAGUCCACUCCAGGGGUUUUCAAGGCCCCACCCAGAUCCAGUGUCAAGGCUCCAUUAGGGAAACUGACUGCAAUAGAAUCUGAUAAAGAAAGCUCGUAUCAAUCGAGGACUGGGAUCUCUCCACAGCCAGCUGUUCCUGAGCCUGAUGUCCAAUGUCCAGCCUCAGCAGAUCAGUACCACGAGGAACAUACCUCUGCAAAGGUCCAGUCUCUUCCAAGUCUGAACUACAUUCAGAAAGUGGACGCUUGGAGGACGAAUCAGAGCUCUGGCAACACGACACUGUUUGACAGUCUGGCACUGCAGGGAUUUUCUGGCGUCUCUCCUAAAAAGAAAGCUUACGAGGCAGUGUCCGACUCCCUGAAUCGAAUCCUCAGUGAGCAGGUGCGGAGUUUACAGCAGCCUCCUGUUUCCAGUGCUCUCAACGAGAGUGUGACACAGAAAUCCUCAGCAGCUCCUUCUGGCUCCUCCUCUCCGAGGAGAGGGGAGGCGGUGGGCAGCGCUCCCAGUGACAACGAUAACACUGGGUCUGCAGCAGGACCAUCCAGCUCCCCCUUUGGCCGGUCGCAGUCCCACUCCUCUAUUAGCACAGUCGUCAUGUCGGCCCAGAAAGAAAAGAAUGAGACUCAGGACGAGGUUCAUCAUCAUCUUCAUCAGCCGAGUGCCUCAGCUCAGCCCUCACUUCUCGUGAACCUGGGUCAGUUCAGCGACGUGUCAGUCCAUCGAGAUUUUACACUUUCAAGUUCCCAAGAUAGUUACAACAGUGGAGUUAAACAAGGAACCUCUAUCGGAGCUUCUUCUGUCACCAGCCUGGAGGUGGAUAGUUAUGCCCCCUACUGGACUUCUAAACUUCCGUCAACACCACCUCUGCCCGGACCUCGAGAAUUCAACAUCGAAGACCGAAUUCCGUUGUAUCUCCACAACCUGGGUAUCGAACAGUCUCCCUCAACAAUAUUAAAUCCUUUUGCACCCAGGGGGCCAAUCAGAGAACCUGAAUUCUCUCCCACUGAUCUCUGUACAAUUAAAGGAUCGAUCGGAACCAAGAGCACCCAACCCUCUGAAGGUGGCAGUCCCUAUAAAGGAGAGUUUUCCAGGUCUAGUAUUCUAUCAGUGGACUCUAGUAUUUCCAUUCCGUUCAGCAUGGACAGUCUUGGUCCGGCCGUAUCGAUCCCAGAGCCGACCAAGCGAUCAUCUCCUCCACCUGAUGCUGAAGCUCUUCAGACUGAACGCAGACUGACACCAGCCUCCCAGCGUGAGGAGGAUUCCCACUCCUCCACAUUGCAUCUCAGCCAGCAGCAACAGAAGGACGACACUCUAACCAGCAGUCAGAAUACUUUCCUGCCAGGAGAGAGGUUUGACUCUGACCUCUCAUUGGUAACUCAGGCGAGGAGCGAGGAGAGAGAUGUGGAGUCUCCCUUGCAGACGAGUCGUAGUAAAAGUGCAGAGGAUUCUUUGUUGGAGAUCAAUAAACUGCUCUCUCAGUCGGAUAAGGUGGUGUCUGCUGGGUCUUCCUCAGCCUCCCCUGCAGCGCCCCGUCUGCUGUCUGACGACGACUUAUUCCUCUCCUUCAGGAGGAAAACCAGUAAACUCCAGGACUCCUCGUUCUCCGGAACCGAGGACCCCAGAACUCGUUCCUCCUCGCUGUGGGCCAGGUCGUCGUCUGACUCCAUGCUUACCUCAGAAAAACCAAGGCAAAGCUCUUUAGGUCGAGAAAGCAUGACCUCCUCAUGGCAGCCUGAUUAUCCUUCCACACAAUCUCUCACUACUGCACCUGCCGCAGGUUCAACCCUUGUUCUCUCCAAACCAGCCAGACGGGCGGAGCCUGAAGGCUGCAGUGCUGCUCCUCCCGACAAUAAAGCCCCAACACAACCACCAGUCAUCAAGUCUCCACCCGCUGUGAACCCACAGCAGCUCAUCUCUACAUUGACAGAGACGCCGGCUGCACUCGAGGUGGAAGAAGAGCCUGCGUCUGGAGGUCCUACACAGAGCAGCUCCUCGCCCCCCCCUCCGGAGGACACAGAUCAGGGAGGGAUGAGCGACGGGAGCAGCGAGAGCUCACUGGCAGUCAGAGUGGCCCAGUUACUCCAGAGUGAGUCUCCGGCCACCAUGAUGUCCAGUACGCCCAGCAUCACUGAUCAAGAGGACAGCAAAGCCAGAGAGUGGAUCAAACUGAAGGUGUCGGGUCAGCAGUGUGAGCCUCUGGAGUUGGACAUAGAAGAUAGAAGACGCAUUGAAGAGAUCAAGAAGGAGCUGCUGUUAAAAUUCCCCAUGAAGAGCCAGUUGAGUACAGAUACAGAGAGCAGUGCAGCAUCCAGUUUCCAGAGGAGACAGGAUCCACCUCAGCCUGUGGAGGCGUUCACCUCCAACCAGCUGUCUCAGCCUCUGCAAGGCCUCAGAGCGAACCCGUCUGCCCCCAGCGUGUGGCUUAGAGACCCUCAUCGCCCAGACACUCUAGAAGCUCAAGUACAGAAGAUUGCUGCUCGAGAAGGAGUAACUCUCCCCAGAACAAACCCUCGGGCCCUCACGUCCAUCUCCAUCGCCACCUGCAGGCGCUCCACUUCCCCUUCUCCCUCCCCGUCGCCUGCACCUCCCAUCAGCCCAGCCUCAGAGCCACUCCACCCGAGCGAGCUCUGGACAGCAGACGAACACCUUAAAGUGAACAGACCACCCACUCAAAAUGAAGAACAGACAACCAGAGAGCUGACAUCAGGGUUUGAACCGAGCAGUCGUCUCUACACCAGAAAGCAGAGCCUAGAUUCUCAGUUACUGUCAGGAAAUCAGACGAGGCAAGAUGCUGUGGGAGGCCGGUUUGAAAACCCACCUCCACCAAUCCAGGUUUUAAAUAGAGAGGAUCAGCGAGAUGAUUUAUUCACCUGGGACCGCUCUGGUGCCCACGGAGCUGAACGAACCACACGUUCAUCCUCCUCUGAAUCUCCUGCCACGGCCGGUCACGUCUCCAAUGUCCUUCUCACUCUGUCCCCGAAAGCAGCUGAUCCCAGCUUGGCCUCGGCUCUGAGCUCCAGUCGAGCUGGUGCAGCUACAGAGAGGCCACGUAGAGAAUUUGUUCUCCUCAGACACUCUCCAUCCACAGCCAGCAGCCCGGACGAAGGCGUGGGUCUGUCCAGUCCACCAGAGUGGUACGAGACCGGAGAGCCGAGGGAACAUCGGGGGGUUGAACGAGCAGACACCUCCACCCUGUUUAAAUCUGUGGUUCCUCGACGAGGAAUCACCUCCACAUCCAGAGAAGCCUUCACACCAGGUCCCAGACCUGAGGAUUCCAAAAGACCCUUAACCCACGAAUCAGCAGCGGUGCCUGUCCUGUUGCCUUACAAACCCCGCGGCAGUGAGGAGCUCUUCUACGUCCCCCAGUUAGAAUCGGACGCCUCCUCCACUGGUCGCUCUGACACCUCCAUGGAGAGCUCACACACAGGCUCAGACGACGCCGUGGCCCCACGCUUCAGCAGUGAGGUCCUCGGGCGCCAGGACCCGGGGCUGGACCGCGGCGUCACCAUCAGACACACGGAGGGCAUCUACAGCAAGAGGCUGAGGACGGCUGCCUUCAGAAUGCAACAACCUGGACACAGAGAUUCCUCGGUGACGGUGAAUAAAAGCUCACAAACGAGCACAAGCCGAACUUCACGCCCGCCCCCCCCACUGUCGCCGGCCUUGACCAGAUUGUCUUCGUCCAACAAGCCAGCCGCCCCGAAGAGAGACCAGGGAACCAGCCCGCUGCCGUUCACUCGUCAUGGUCAGCCAGAGACGAGUCGUCACCUGGACCAGAGCCCUGUCCCUCAAACCGGAGGGGACCAGCACAGGAGGGACGUCUCUCCCCCGGCCCCCCCACAGAGCAACAUCAGUCUGGACGAGCUGUGGCAGAGGUUCUGCGAUCGCUGGACCAUCGAGGAGUCUCGUCCAACCAGCGACCGGGAGGCGUCUCUGCUGCAGAGGCUGGAGCGUCUGUCCCGCCUCAUUCACAGCAGGAGGAGAACCAACGUGUCGGAGUCACAGGAGGACAAUCAGCAGCAAUGGAGGAGGAGAGGAGACGCUACGAGGGACAGCAACAGAGAGGAUGAUGGGAGUUUACACGAGGAGACGACACCUCCCGUCCCUCAUCAGGCCCAGCGAACAUCUCAGCCUGCAGCGGAGAACAGUGGCACCUCCUUCUCCUCCAGCCUCUCCCACAGCUCCUCCCAGAGUCUGCUCCUCAGUCCCGCAGACAGAGACGAGUCAGGGAGCUUGUCCACCGCGUCGGGCUCCGUGUCCAGCGUGGACACGGCCCGGCUGGUCCGAGCCUUCGGCGCCCACAGAGUCAAGCACCUGAAAAGCGGCUCCAGCCUCGGUAAACUUUACAACACCAUCAACAAGCAGAAAGAAGGGAGGGAGCAGAGGAGGGGGGGGCACAGAGACGUCCCGCACCUCACCACGCUGCUAGAGACCACCGGGACAGACGAGUCCUCGGUUGCUGCUGAUUCGUCCACCAGCACCUUCACCCCCCCGUCGCACCGCGGCCCCUCCAACCCUCUGGCAGCCAAGAAGACGGUUAAACUGCUCAGCAAAGGCAUCCAGACAGCUUGUGACCUGGAGAUCGUCAGAAACGCGACCCGGCGCCACACCAGGGACGUUGGAACCACGUUCCCCUCGCCUCAUGAAACCAGAGCACCGAGGCAGAUUUCCUCUUCCUCACCCAGUGAAGAGAGAGGAAGAGGAGGGCAGGAGAAUCCCUCGAAGGUUCACUCCUCACAGAAACAGAGGAAGAGCAAGAGGAGCCCAUCAAAGCUUUAUCCUGCAGGCGUCUCUUGGUUCAUCACGGCUGACGACCUGCGCUCCGAGGCGAGGAAGGAGAACCAGCAGGAGGAAGAGGAGGAGGCCCUGAGGCCGAGCACUGCCUGGUUCGAGCCGCACAGCAGAACCCAACCGUGGAGGGAACCGCUCAGACAGAGACAAGUCCACGAGGACAGAGCCACACAUCACACAGAACCUGAUCCCAGAACCAAGACCAGGUCGUCUGGUCUGACGCGCGUCUCGCUGCAGGAGGCGCUGGAGACGUGGCGCCCGGGGUUCAUCUCCCGGUCCAGGCAGAGGGUGACGUGUCUGGCUCUGCAGGCGGAGGAGAGGAAGCUUCAGGGCUUCUUCAUCGGAGAGAGAGACCCGCUCUUCAGCCAGCCCGGAGGAGGGGGGGGGCCGCCGAGGCCUGCAGGCACUGCUCUGCUGAGGAGGGCUGUUCCCAGGAAGGAGAUGAUCCAGAGGUCCAAACUGAUCUAUGACAGUCUGCCGGAGGUGCAGAGGAGGAGGGAGGAGGAACGGAGGAAAGCAGAAUACAGAACUUACCGACUGAACGCACAACUCUACAACAAGAGAAUCACCACCCGAGUGCUGAGCAGACGAUCCGCUUGGCAAUGAGCGACGUCUUUAAUCCGAAUGAAAACCAGCAACAUUUAAAAAAAACUCUUUGUAAGAAAACAAAACUACCUAAAUCCCCUUUUAUUUAUGAACCACAUUUUAACAGUUGGUAUUUUAUAGAUUAUGCUGAAAAGUAGAAUUCCACUCGUGAACGUGAGACGUGAUUUUAGUCGGUUUGACAGAAGAAUUGUGUGUAAAUGUGAAAAUAAACCAGGUUUUUCUCUUAAA